UUAAACAAAAAGAAAAUAAUUCAAGUGUUCGAAAAUUAUAAAAAAAAAUUUAAUUUAAUUUUAAAACAUUUUAAAAUUUUAAUAUCGGGGUGUUUAAAAGUGUGUUGCUAAUUAAGAUUUGUGGGAAAAAAAGGGAUAUACACAUUUACUGGAUACUUGAAAUAGAUGAACAGAUUUCUUAUACUACUCGUAUCUAGUUAUUUAAAUAAUCACAGAAGAUAAAAUUUAAGAUUCUUAUAAAAUACUCCAAGUCUUCUUUUACAUUUAAUCAAUUGAUUUAAAUAUUUAUUAUGGAAGUUUUUACAAGAAGUCGAACAAGCCGAUAUGUAAUUGAUGAAGAUUUUGUACCAAAAGCAACAAUAGAUGGUGAACCGCAUGAAAUGAUGACAUUAAUUGCUGGAAUAUCUGGUAUUGUUGCUGCCUUUAUUAUUCUUGCUAUUUUGAUGGUUUUCAUAGGAUGUAAACAAUCAGAAAGAUUGGAAAAAUCUUCAUCUUCAACAUCAUCUACAACAUCAACAAUUUCGUCACAAACAGAUGAAAGUGUUGAAAAUGGAAAUGUUAAAAUAAACGGCAGUGGUUCACAUCCCAAUUAUCCAUUGGUAUUAAAUUUACAAAAUUUUAAUAAUGAAAAAAAGAAUGGAACUGCUAAAAACACCGUAUCAUUUAUAAUUCCACAAAUAUUAGAAUAUAAUGGAUUACCAACAUUAGGGAAAUCUAAUAAUGCAUUUAAUAAUGAUGAAAUAGAUAACAAUGGCCAUUCAAAAUCAGAAUCAAUAAAUUUAUCAGAAAAGAGAUCAUCGGUUCCAGUUGUUAUCGUAGAAAAAUAUUGAAUAGAAAUUUUAAAAUUUAUUUCAAAUUAAAAAAUUGGAGAUUAAAUUUUUUUUGCAAUAUCUAUUCGAAAAUGUGAUUUUGUCAUCGAAAUUUUAAAUUGGUUCAAUUGCACGUUAUCUAUCGUAUGUAAACACAUACAAAAGAAACUACACUGAAUUGCAGUUAAACUACUUAUAUAACAUUCAAUUGAAAGUACGAGGUACAACUGAUUGAAAUUUUCAGUGAUGGAAUUUAUUUUACAGAAAAAGAAAUUGAAAAGACUGACGACUAAUUGUUGAAAUAUAAUUGAGAAAAUUUAUUUUUUGUUUGUACUAUUGUUAAAAAAGUAAUUUAUAAAAGAAAAGUGAUAUUAUUUUUGUAUUUGUAAUAAAUAAAGUAGUCAA